UGCUUAACAGAAGCAGGCAAAGGAGCCUGAUGUCUUGGCGUGAGCUUCUUCCCCCUUCCCUGGUGAUCUUAGCUGGGCUGAUUGGGAUCCUGCUGCUUUGUGUCACCACUAAAGAUGUGCAGAACCCUCCCAGGUGCAAGUACGGCAUCGUGCUGGACGCUGGCCCAUCCCGCACUACCCUGUUCAUAUACCAGUGGUCAGCCAGCAAAGAGAACAAUACGGGGGUGAUCAGUGAACAUAGCUCCUGUGCUGUGCAAGGUCCUGGAAUCUCCAGCUACUCUGGAUCCCCGGGGGAAGCUGGGAACAGUUUAAAGCUGUGCCUCGGCCAGGCAAUGAAGGAAAUCCCUAAGGAACAGCAUGACCAAACCCCUGUCUAUUUGGGAGCGACUGCUGGCAUGAGGCUGCUGAAGUGA